CUCAUUUCGCACGUGUCAGCUCCAACCAUCGGACGCAGCAAGUUCUGUUCUAAAAUGUGAAGAUCCAAAUGUGAUAACGACCCAUAGUUUGGUGUAGGGCAACUAACUGCAAGUUUUAAUGUGUGUAAAAUAGUUCUGGAAGAAAAUGUUACUUAGCUUGAUAGAUGUGCAGUAGCUGUAUGGUUAAUUAUUAAUCAACAAUAAAACACGGACCACCCACUCCCAGUGAUCUCGAGUGAACCGACUGGUUACAUUUUCCGGAGCGCAAGUAUUGGUGAGCAGGUUCACGAGUCCAGACCCGAACAUUGCACGAAGGCCAUCGAAAAUUGAAGAGAAAAUGAGUUUACAUCUACAUGUUGGAAUUAGUAGGAAUAAGCACCUGCAUGUAUAAUUGAUUGAGAAGUUUUUUUUUUGUUUUAUACGAGUGCGGCUAAUGUCUGUGUGCUGCUGGAUCUCCAUUCUGGUUCUGGUGAACGAAAACAUUCCAGUCUAGUGAGAUUAAGAACGAGCGAGAGUGAGAGUGCGGAAACAGUUUUCGUUUCCGAGUAAAACCCAGAGGAUAAACUAAACGUGAACAUGUGAAUGCAGCGAAAAGAGAGAAAAACGGCUCCAACGAGAGGAAAACUUUUCGUUCUUUGUGUGUUUAUGCAAUCAAAUUUGAUGUGAAAACAUAUAGCCAUAAACUAUCCAAUUUCGAAGACAUUGGCUUUUCUGGGAACACACCUCUUUGUGGGAAAGGACAAAGGAAAAAGUUUCAAUUAAUAAAACAGCAUCAAAGAGUGUUGCGGAUAUAAUGAGCAAAGCAGUGCAAACUUCUAGAGCACAAGCUAGAAGGCGUCUACAGAACUAAAAGUAAUACGGAGUAACUUCAAAUUCGAAACAACAACAGUAACGGCACCGUCAUCUUCAACAAGCACUCCAAUGUGAAGCGAAUCAACGUCUUCUUCGUAGUUUCUCUUAACUUAGUAGUGGAAGAGUCAACCGCAUAACAGGAAGAUAAUUUCUGUCAUGAGCCAAUGCGUCAAUCAUCUCUCAUUUCACGGAAAAUAUACAAUAUUGUAAGGCUACUGUAUGGCAAAGUAAAGGUAGAGAAGAACGGCACAGUAGAAGAAUGUCACAUUAAAUCCACCACGUCGAUUACAUAACAUGCGUGAAGCUUUCCCAAGUCUUCCAUUUAAUAGUAACGCGCCAGAGGAAACAUUAUCACCUUCACCAUCGGCGGCGACCCUACCAGUUCCGUCAUUUUCUUCAGUUAAUCAAGAAGGACGGCAACACGAAGAGCACGAGGUGCCAGAACAGCAGCAGCAACAACAGCAGCAUCCAGCAGCAAUAUCACUACUGUUUCCGACACCGACCACAGCUCUCAAUCCGACACCAUCACACAAACCGGAGCCAACGAUAAUCAUCACAGAAAAGAUUAUAAUUAAUCGUGAGGGUGAAACCAUUAAGGAAACAUUGCUGGACAACGAUCCCGAAAAGAAUGCUCUAUUUGAUACUGACGGCUCGCAAAGCCACGUUGGCAAUCUGCCACCAGCAGUCGUCUCAGCAGCACCAGCAGCAACAAUUGGACCAGCAACGGCUAGCUCGACGGCAUUAGCGGUGUCGGCGGCUGCAGCGGCUGCAGUGCCCAGCGGGACUGGAGGAAGCGGAACUGCAAGCACGAGUUCCUCGGCUGCGGCAGUGACUGUGUCGGCGACGCCAUCGUUCGGAGAACUAGAGGAGCUACAGAACAUCCUUCACUUCCCGGAAGAGGUGGCCCUGCGAAUAACUGACGCAGAAUACCAGUUGUUCUAUCAGGUAUCCUUGCACGAUUUCAUUAAUGAUGCAAUACACGAGCUGCAGAAGGAGUUGAGGAUACGGUCCUCGAUAAGCAGUAAUCCUAAUCUUGCUACACCACCCAAUACAACGAGCGCUAGCGGUAGUAGUCAUAGCAUAGCUAACGGCAGCAGCAGCCACAGGGAGCAGCCACCGCAGACGACCACAUCAUCGUCUACCACCAACGUUGCCAAUCUAUUAGCCACUGCAAGCCCAAGCGUACCGGCUGCAGCCAGAGCUCCAAGUGGGUUUUCAUCGCCCUUGAAAGCCAUACGCAAACGCGUCGAUGAGACAAGUGCGUGGACCAACUACUUUAUCCUAUCACAAGGUACACAAGACGAACGAAAAGCGGCCUUUGCAUGUCUGUUACGUGUUGCUAUUUCAUGCUGGAACAUCGGAAACUUCAAUGGUGCUAAAGAGAUAGUGGACGGUCUAAAGUCACUUAAAAAGGAACCUUUUUGGGCGUCCACUACAGAUCGGGGAAGGAAUUCCGUGUACGAGUUUCUUGCAAACGUUUUUGACUCAGCAGAAUACAACAAUGCUGGGUCAAGAGCAUUGGCGAUGCCAACGUGUCGUACUAUUCCCUACUUCAACAAUCAUGUCGAAGAAAUCAAAUGCUUACUACGACAGCCACCAAAACAGCAAAGUCAAUUCCAAGAACACACCGAAAAAUACUACUUGGGAGACAGUAAUCCAACAUCUGUUGUUCCCGACGAUGAAGAAAUGCUUCAAAAGCUAUCUCAGGUGACGCUCCCUCUAAGGUUCCCAACUCCAACACCUACCGCGGAUCUCCUACCAGAUGAGUUAACAGAACCCUUGUUGUCUCCGGAAUCGCUGGACGAACCGGACAACGACCCUUUGACGGCAGAAAUCGUCUCGAGGGUAUCACCUGCUCUGAGCAAACUAUCCGCAUUCUUCGACCAUCGGGACCAGCUGUGCCGGGAAUCGCCGCAGAGUUUGCUGGACUUUCUCCGAGCGGCAUCGAACAGCCCGCGUCAAGUCAAGAUACCGUUGUACCAGCCAUCGAAUCUCAAGGAACUGGAAGAAGACUACGAGGUUGAAAUCGGGAACUACAAUCCGGUGCAGCCGCUGUUCUUCGACCAUGGCAUCAGCAUAGUUUCGCUAUCGGCCAAGGACCCGAACGCCGUUGAUCAUCACAUUCUUCAGAUACUUCAUCACGGUUCAACGGCCGUACUCUGGGAGCCAGACAUACCUGCCGAACGGUCCACUUACGUGUAUUUAAGACUGGAGCGGUCCUGUUCCCACAUUUCCUGGCAACGAACGGCAUGGCGAAGGAUUAAAUCGCAGCAUGACUGCAUCUUCAAUCAAAACCCGGAGGAAAACGUUGCUUGGAGGUUUUCUUCGCGGUGUGCCUCAAACUUAAGUGAUAUGGAGAUGCAGUGUCAAUAUCUGGAAGGGGGAAUUCUGGACCUGGGUACCGUUAAGGAUAUAUCGAUGGGCUCGAGGAAUCACGAGUACGAUCCGGACAUCUUGGCAGCCGGCAAACGGUUCGGAUUGACCCAUGUCGAGUGCUGUGUGUCGCUGCUGUACGGCAAUUCUGCCAGCGAAAAUCGAAUUCUUUGCAUUCUAUGCCCACCGAUGCUGUGUCGGACGUGGUACGUUGGACUCCACUGGAUGUUACGGGGGUUCCGGAGGCAGCAGUGUCUGAUAGAUCGGUCUAUGCUUUGGCUGAAGCAACUCUACAUACAGAUGUAUUUCGAGGAAAGUGCGUGCAAUGAACCCACAGUGGCAGAUGCACUGAAAGCCUUCGGAGGCCAACUAUACUUGUCUUCCAUAAAAUACUUGUCGGGAACGCAUAUCAACGAUACCACUCCAGAGCAAGUAUCGGCCACCAUCUCAGCUCCAAACAAGAAGGAUUCCAACGCCAAGAUUCGCAAGAAACGCUCGAUGGCCAACCUACUCAAUCAAAGCAAUGUUAACAGUCACAGUAGUCCUACGAUAGAUCAAAAUAUUAGUGAGAUGGAGAAGAUUCGCGCAAACGAACGGCGAAAAGACCGAAACGGUUCGCAUGACCAGCUGUGGCAGAAUAUGAAAAACUUGCGAAUCGGAUCGGUGACCCAUGAUACUCAGUUAGACUUUCUAAGUUUCGUUUCCCUGUACAGAUCAUUCAGCAUAUUAACGAGACCUGAUCUUUGCGAUAUCUUCAAUCAAUUGGCUGUGGUAUCGGUGUGUCGCAAGACACUGAAUGGCGAGAAGAGUAUGAGUGCACCUGAACUUUCCGAGGUGGCAGUCAAAAGAAAAAUCGGCCUUCUGACACGAAACUGCUCGCUGGACCUGGACCUGUCCGACGUGAAGCACACCAGGAAAAAACACUUCGACGCUAUUGCCGCCUCCAGUAUAGCCGCCAGCAGCGAUUUCCUGUCGUGCAACAACAAAGUGAUUACGAUAGCAACGUUGAAAAAGUUUCUCGAAACUCGCCAGAUGGAACUGCUGAGCGACGAGGAUGUGAAAGCAAUUAUACAACGGCACGAACCAGAAGCUGCCCACCGCAUCGAAAACUGUAUGAGCUUCGAGGGUUUCGCUCGAUACAUGAUGGACAAGGAUAACUAUGCGUUUCUUAGCGAGCUAAUGCCGGAAAGUACCUACAUGAACUUGCCUCUAUCGCAGUACUACAUUGCAUCGUCUCACAAUACGUACUUGACCGGACAUCAACUGAAGGGUGAAAGUUCUGUGGAACUGUACAGCCAAGUGCUGUUAACAGGUGCUCGGUGCGUGGAGCUGGACUGCUGGGACGGCGACGACGGGACACCGGUGAUUUACCAUGGUCAUACAUUCACCACCAAGAUUCCAUUUCGAGCAGUUGUAGAAGCAAUAAACAAAUCAGCCUUCGUACAGUCUGCAUAUCCGGUAAUUUUAUCGAUAGAAAACCACUGCUCGGUAACGCAGCAGCAACGGAUGGCCGCUAUUUUUCAAGCCAUUUUUGGAGAGAAACUAGUUACGAACUUUUUGUUCGAUCAGGACUAUACAGACGAACCAUAUCUGCCCUCCCCUCUAUCACUGAAACACAAAAUUCUGAUCAAAAACAAGAAAUUGAUAGUGGAAGUGCCAGCGACCCUCUCGACUGGUUUGACCCGUCAGAAUACGUACAAACAAUCAAAUCUUUCUAGUAGAGCCAGUUCAAUUAUAUCAAACACUAGCGGUAGCUCCCUCAACGAAGAAUUCAGCGACGAUGAAUACGAGGAUGAUGACGAUUUUGACAAUAUUGAUGAAAAAACAUAUCAUAUAAACUGGGGAUCAAUAGAUGAUAAGACUAGACAUAGUGUGUCCCACGCAAAUGUUUCUACACCGACGAGGCAACGCAUCGAGCAGCAACAGCAGCACGCGCAGCUUAUCCAACCACAGCAACAGCACCACCAGGCCGACGAUCGAUCCCGGAAGCGCAGCAACCAAAUCGCCCGCGAGCUUUCGGAUCUGGUGAUCUACAUCCAAGCAAUAAAAUACCGCGGGCUGAAUCCGUACAGUCCGCACAACUCAAUGCGUGCCAAUCCGAGACAGCCGCUGAAAACCAGCGGAAGCGUGGUAACCGUUGGAAGCAUCUUGAAGAACAGCUCGGGAGACACACUAAGCCUUCCAUCGUCUGGUCAUUUGUCGGAUAAUCUUUCGCUCAGCUACGAUACGUCGAGUAUCAGCGGAAGCGAGGGUGUUCUGCCAACUCCGGCGCGAACACGAACCAUGCCGAAUGCCAAUCAUCCCUGUUAUCAAUGUUCGUCGUUGAACGAGGCUAGCGCCAAGAAGCUUUGCAGGAAGGAUCCUCUGGGAUUGAUUGCCCACACGGAAACCCAACUGAUGAGAACGUACCCUGGGGGAUUGAGAAUUGACUCGUCCAAUUUCAAUCCGGUGUUCUUCUGGUCGUUUGGAUUUCAAAUGGUUGCUCUGAACUACCAAACGGAAGACAUGCCGAUGCAUAUCAAUAAGGCCAUGUUUGAGGAGAACAAUAGUUGUGGCUAUGUUCGCAAACCGGAUGUACUGUGGAAUAGGUCACAUCUGAUGUAUAGGAGGUUCAAUCCGUUGGAGAAGGAGUUUGAUGGGUUGCAUGUGACGCAGCUUGUGAUCAACGUGGUAUCCGGCCAAUACCUGAACCAUGUUACGAGUGGCAGUGUGAUUCACGUGGAAAUAGAACUCCUAGGAAUUCCCAUCGACUGCGGAAGACGACGAACGAAACCGGUGAAGCACAAUUUGUUCAAUCCAGUUUGGAACGAAACCUUCUUCUUCAAAAUCAUGUUCCACGACCUGGCGUUCCUGAAAUUUACCGUUUACGAAUCGGAAUCAGUAGUUGUAGCACAACGCGUGAUAUCUCUGAAAUGCUUUAGGCCUGGCUAUAGGCAUGUUCGGUUGCGAUCUCCCAUCAAUCAGCCCUUGAAUAUGGCAUCGUUAUUUGUUUAUACCCGAGUGGAGGAGGAAGGCUUGGAUAGAUCGUACGGGGAGAUUGACGAACAGUAUCUUCAGCAGCUACGGACGGCGAAUAGGAAAGAACAGCUUGAAGAUACCGAGCCCAUGUUGGAAAGUAAAGUUCCUUUAUUGAAGCGUAAAACGUUCUUUUGUACUAUUUACGACGCGGUACCUAACAAUCCUUUUACGAUUCUCAAAAUUACUCAAGAAUGCACAACGAAAGACGUUCUCAUGAUGGUGUUGCAGAAAAUGCGCAAACCGAGAACCGACAUUACCAACUACAUAUUGAUAGAGGAAGUAUAUACGGGAUGGGAGAAGAAAGAUAAGCGAUAUCCGCCUACGCAGAGAGUGCUGGAUAUGGUGGAGAAACCGUUGCAAGCGCAGGCUAGCUGGAAAGGUGAUGGUAGGUUUAUAUUGAAGCGGAUAGGUAACGACCCUAGCAGUCGAGCAUGGGUGACUUCAAUUCGUCGAACAGCAGAUGCUAGACGAGCAUCGAUAGCAACCGCAACGGCAAAUGACGAUACAACCGGAGAACCAAUUCCCGGAGCUGCGGUCGAUGACCCAUUAGCCCUAGAAAACGUGGACAAUUUCCUUGUCUGUGUCUUCAACGUGUCGCAUGACAUACCGUACGCAAUUCUUCGAGUACCAAUCAAAUCUACUGCUCAAGAUGUUCUAGCUCAAUCUCUUUUGAAAGCGCGUCGCCUUGAUAACCCCAACAACUUUGUGCUAGUGGAAGAAUUGAACUAUAGCAACAAAAGCAAUGACACAAUGCAGCGAAUUCUGUUAGAUGACGAAAAUGUCUAUACAACGCAAGCGAAUUGGAAAUCGAUCGGACGAUUCGUCAUUCACGAGCGAAGUCAACUGACGCCUUCAACGAUCCGUAAAACCAUACUGCCGAUCGAGAAAAUCAGCCGAGGCUUCAGCAUCAGCCGGGGAUCGUCAUCUUCGUCCACGUCGGUGCACUCGUUGGCCUCAAAGUCCCCGAUCCAGGUGGCGCUCAGCGAUCCAACGACGUCCCGAAUCAAGUGUCGCUCGGCGGACGCCGCAGCCCUGGGCACAAAACCGAAGCACGCACGAAAUUCCGCAUCCGGAGCAUCGGGCAGUGGCGGAUCCUCCGGCGGUCGGCACAAAUACAACUCGGAGAAGGACACUUCGUUCUCGAGUACCAGCAGUAGCAGCAACGCCACGUCCAAGUCCAGCAAUCGACGGGAAGUGCAUUCGGAAGGGGAAACCCUCAGCGAUGACGAGGGCAAGGAUCACGACAUCCUGUCGACCAUGUCGCGGUUCAAGCGGAUGUCCAUCAAGAAGCUGAAAUCCUGGAAGUCGUAAUUUGUCCGGGAAUGAUCGAAAGAUGACUUCAAAGUGGUUCAGGACAAUUUCUAUGGUAUAUUGUUUCUUUGAAUUGGUAUUGAAAAUGUUCAGCUUUCAUAUAUAUUCUCAAUCUAACCAUAAUGUUCUUAGUCAAACACUAUCAUUCUAAUUUUUGAUAAAAUUGUUUUGGGGUAUUGUUAGAAUGUAUUUCAACUAGGAUUCUUUGAAGGCUGUUUAGUUUUUACGUGUAUUCCAGAAACCUAAAUCCAGCCCAAGAAAUCUAAUCUAAUACAAACACAGCCAGUACGAGAAAGCAUUCUGGAAAGAAAUCGGGUUAGAUCACGUCCAAUUACCUUUCUUGUCAAUAUUGAGGCUUACACCUCAUCAAAGAUAUGAUACAAGCAUCAGAGCGGCCUAGCCCUACUACGUUAUAUUAACGCAAAAUUUGAUUCUUCAAAACACUUCCGAGUUUUGAACAGUUAACUCUACGGGGGAGCAAGGAUGCGUGGACACACCGUACCAAACGUGGCACAAAACCGCGUGAAACGAUUUAGAAAAUUAGCACUAAAACCCAUGAUGCCUCUUGCAUUAUUCACUUUUCCACUUUCAAACUGGAAAAACUGCCGGAUGGCGUAGCACCACCAGCUGCAAUCACAUUUCCGCCGAACAUGUAACCGAGAAAAACGUGACAGAAUUUUGGAAACACAACAAUUCACGCGCGCGGCUUGCUGCGAUCCGCAGAAAUGUUAUCGCCCCGUUUUGUUUUCUUUUUUGGCAGCAAAAUGGCAAGACGUUUAUGUCUUUCGGAGACGUCGGAUAAUAUGUAAGGAGACCAAUCGUAGCAAUUGAAGAUCCCAACGAUUUUUAACGAAAACUGAAGGAAAAAAACAGUUUUAAAUUGGAGUUAACUACAUUUUUGAUCAUAUACCGUCUACCCCCGUUGGUUUGACCUCAUCUAAUCUGAACACUUUUUAAUAUGACCCCCUCUAAUCUGUACAUCGUUCAAACUUCAUUCUGCUCAUGGAACGGGGUGAAACGGAACGCAGAACCAAAACAAAACAGCAAAAAGGGUUACCAUCAGUGUGUUUUCGGUGCCCACAGGGUUACUAGAAGUUCAAAUUAAUAAAUGAACCCCGUUGGUUUGCAUGAGGUUCGUUCAAACCAACGGGGGUAGACGGUAUAUGAUAUAAAAAGUUCAUACAUUGAAUUCACUACACUACAACUUUCGAACAUACUGCAAACAGCGUGUUCGGUAUGAAUAGAAUAAGUAUGUACUAGGCAUCGUACACAAAUUACGUAACGCUAUAGUA